AUGCUUCUGGGCAAAGUUCUUAGGAAGUCUUGUGGAGAGUUUUGGGGGAGGAAAUGGAACAUACAAGACGUAUUCACAGUGGCUGUGUUUUUGGGUUUGCAUUCCCUUUGUGCAUUUGCUCCCUUUCAUUUCAAUUGGCCUGCAUUUUGGGUGGCCAUCACUUUGUAUGUUGCAACAGGGUUAGGAAUCACACUGUGUUAUCAUAGAAGUCUUGCCCACAGAAGUUUCAGGCUUCCAAAAUGGCUCGAGUACUUCUUUGCCUAUUGUGGCAUUCUGUCACUUCAGGGUAGUCCGAUUGAAUGGGUGAGUACGCAUCGUUACCACCAUCAGUUUACUGACACGGGAAAAGACCCUCACAGCCCCAUCAAGGGUUUAUGGUAUAGUCACAUGGGUUGGAUCCUUACAACUGACACCUAUAUGUACUUGAAGCACGGCGGCCUGAAGAAUGUUGAAGAUUUAAGGAAGCAGCCCUUCUAUAGGUUUCUUGGUCGUACUAACUUUCUACAUCCAAUUGCUCUUGGAGGUUUGCUAUAUGUUGUGGGUGGAUUUCCCUUCUUGGUCUGGGCAGUGGGGGUGAGGAUGGUACUUGUUUUCCACAGCACUUUGCUAGUAAAUUCUAUUGGGCACAUGUGGGGAAAGAAAGCAUGGAACACUGGUGAUAUGUCUCGGAACAAUUGGUGGGUGGCAUUGCUUGCGCUUGGAGAAGGUUGGCAUAAUUACCACCACGCUUUUGAAUACUCGGCUCGACAUGGGCUAGAAUGGUGGCAAAUUGAUUUUACUUGGUACAUAAUAAGAUUUCUUCAAGCGAUUGGAGCGGCAACAAAUGUGAAGGUCCCAACUGAAAUUCAAAAGCAACAAAAAAGCUUCAAAUAA